AUGCGGGUCUCCAAGCUUGCUCUAUUCGUUUGCUGUAUUAGCGGCCUCUCUCUUGUUGCAGCUCUACCUUCGUUACAGGGCGUUACUUUCGCUGGUGUCAGAUCUGUCAGCGAGCGACAGGCACCCAAGCCGGAUAUUGUCCAGCGCCAGCCUGCUGCUGCACACGCCUCAGCCCCCCCUCCCAACGCUGAAGUCCCUCCUUCCCAGAACGCCGCGUUGGUCGACGGUCAAGCAGUCACAAAGCGCUCUGUCUCAAAGAGACAGGACGAUCCGCAAUCGGGACAGUUUGCUGUUGUCCCAGCCCCAACCCCUCCUACCGACUUUGGUGGUGGAAGUACAUCUCAAGGGCUCAUUCGGGCUGUCAUUGCUAUUAUGUUUCUUACAGCCGAUGCUAUUGACAGAGCCAAGUCUCUCAAGGAACAAACCCAGAUGGCUUUGCUGGAUUGGUACAACUAUGAUUGCAUGUACCUCGAGGCCCCCAAUCAGUUAUUCACUGACAGCGACGGUGGCUCAAUCAACGUAGUACCCAGCUGCAGCGCGACCAGCCGUACGACGGGCAACCACUUUGCUGCCUCCUGUAGAGAAGACCAGUUCAAAUCUGCCCUGCGGUCCGUCAGGCACCGGAGCGUGCUGACCCGGGGUGACCUGGCUUCGUGA